UCCUUCUUCCCCUUUAAACCACAAACAACAAGGCAACAAAUAAAAUGGGGGAAGGGAAAAUCGAAAGACGAAAUAUACAGAGCAGAAGCCGCUGAUGAAACUCUAUACGAACUGAUUGCGAUUCCCCGAACCUCUCGUCUCUUUUCUUACCUACUAUAAUAUACAGCAAACUCUGAAUUGUUCUUGUUUUUUUAUAGUGGAGAAGGUAACAUUAAUUGAUGAUAAUGGCUGUGAGAGCGCCAAUUGCAGGCAUGAGCAUGGCUUCUUCUACAGUUACUCCUUCUCCUAAUGGAGGUGUCAUUGUUGUGAAAGCGCCGCCUCUGAGACGAUCGUUUUUUGGUCAUGGAGUGUGUACCCCAAAAUACAGCGGAAUGCGACUAUCUUAUUCUAGUAUAUCAAGAUGUAAAAGUCAUCGAGGGGGUGCGCUUGGUACUCAAAUGAACCUCUUUGAUCGGUUUGCUAGAGUUGUUAAGUCAUAUGCAAAUGCUCUGAUAAGCACCUUUGAGGACCCAGAGAAAAUAUUGGAACAAACUGUUAUUGAGAUGAAUGAUGAUUUGAUCAAGAUGCGUCAAGCUACAGCACAAGUUUUGGCUUCUCAGAAGCAGUUGGAAAACAAAUAUAAAGCCGCACAACAAGCUUCUGAAGAUUGGUACCGCAGAGCGCAACUUGCUCUAGGGAAGGGUGAUGAGGAACUUGCUCGUGAAGCUCUUAAACGUAGAAAAUCUUAUGCUGAUAAUGCAAAUGCUUUGAAGGCUCAGCUUGAUCAGCAGAGAAGUGUAGUUGACAACCUUGUGUCUAAUACAAGGCUCUUGGAAAGUAAAAUACAGGAAGCAAAGUCUAAAAAGGAUACUCUAAAAGCUCGAGCUCAGUCUGCCAAGACUGCAACAAAAGUGAGUGAGAUGUUGGGGAAUGUGAAUACUAGCAGUGCUCUGUCAGCUUUUGAGAAGAUGGAAGAAAAAGUUUUGGCGAUGGAAUCUCAGGCAGAGGCACUCAAUCAACUAACCAGUGAUGAACUUGAAGGAAAGUUUGCUUUACUAGAGACUUCUUCAGUUGAUGAUGACCUUGCCAGCUUGAAGAAAGAACUAUCUGGAAGCACCAAGAAGGGAGAGCUUCCGCCGGGGAGACCAGUUUCAUCUGCAUUGAAGUUUCAAGAUCCUGAAAUCGAGAAGGAGCUGAACGAAUUGAGGCAAAAGGCUAAGGAGUACUAGCAGCAAGAGUUGACACUUGGGUGUAAUUAGCAUGCUAUAUUGAGGAAUUCCGAACACCCAAAAGGCUUCUGCAUUUCGGGUCAAACUUGGAUUCUGAAAGUGGAAACAAGAAGAAGAAUUCAUUCAGGUCAAUUAAUGAAUGAUUAUAUGUUUAUGCACGGUGGCUUUAAUUGCCGGUUAGGAAGUUUUGUAUAUUAUCUCAGUUAUUUAUGCACUCUUCGAAAGAUUUGCCUCGUUAAGUUUAUCAUAACAUGUGUAUUCUGGAGCCUACUCAAACUUUCACAUUUCAUUAAAAAGUACAGAUUAUAGUGUGUGCUCU